UCACAUCACAAAACCAACAGUUUUCCGUUCCAAUAGCCUCUCUAUGUUGUUCUUUCGACUACAUGAGUAGACUUGACCUUCUCGACAUGGUCGCAUACUAGAUGCACCUGGAUUGAAAGUUUGUUUCUGAUCCCCUGCCCUSGGUAAUCGCAUGAAUAUUGCGGUCAAAGAAUUUCAAGACAACAUCAUCGACAGCAUUGCCACCAACACGAACAUCCUUAUUAGUGGAAUGGAAACUAUURCGGGAAUAGAAGUCGAUUACCAACUGGAUAUACAAGAAAGGGCUUGAUACCGUACGAGUAGUCCUCGAAAAAGUCUAGAGAUGAAAAGCGUAGAUUAUGCAUGGAUCGUUGGGUUGUCGGCUGUGAUGCAAGCGAGAAGAUGGGCAYUUUCCCGCGUAUGCUCAUGGAUGGAUACUGAGUCAAACUCAACAAGUGAGUCAAUGAUACCGGGGAGAUCGCGUCAACGAUGAAAAACCAGUAYUUUCUUUACUCUAAUUGAAUCAGCCAUUAUUAGAUGACGAUAUUUUGAUGGAUGGAUUUUACCUAUGUUCGAUUAGUGUAGUAGAGAAGAAGACAAAUGAAUGGAUCCAAGGAGUAUCAYGUCACUCGCCUAAGAAACGGUGCUAGAAGYUUUCAGUUGUAUGCGCUGUCGAUGAUACGAUAAUGUCACUUUCUUCCUCUAUAAAUGAGAUUGCCAACGAGCUCUGCAAGUGCUGCCUGAUGAUACUCGAUUUGCUGUUCCAAAGAUCGACGUGAAGGUGGAUCACAAGUCGGAAAACAAGUGUUACCGGUGACUCUAUCAACACAAUUCACCAACCCAAAUAUAAAGCACCCACUUUCGUCGGGACAGUCUUCUUCGGGGAUAUUCUCGACUGGUUCGGACGUGACGGUGCUUGUUGUAGCACUUGUCGGGGAUCCGGUGGCAACAGUAGUGGUACUAGGACUUUGGGUCGAAUCGAUAGAGGAGGUUGUGGACACCUGUGAAGUAGGGUGGUUGGUAGGAUUUUUGGUCGACUCUGUUGGCGAAUCUGUAGAAAGUUCUGUGGUAGGAUAAUCACUAGGUGCAACAGAAGUGUCAAUGGGGCCCUUGGUUGGAAAGGGUGUCACGGGAGGAGUUUCAUUUGGAUCUGUCGGCUCUUUGCUAGGAGGACAGCGAUAGGUUACCGGAAAAGAAGUUGGGAAAAAGCUGAGAGGAGUAGCGGGAUAUGUAGAAAGAUAUACAGAAGGUACAUCGCUGACUAAGAAUGUUGGAUUGUCACUUGGAACGUUUGAUGGAUAGACCGAAGGAGAAACAGAUGACUCGGGACUCUUGGUUUGGAAAUCACUUGGAAAAAGAGAGGGAGCAAAAUUUCCAGAAGGGAAUUCYGAUUGACUAUCAUAGGAGGAAAUACURGGACUCAUGGAAGGUCGGAGGAUUGCUUCCAAUGACGGAGAAUGACUCGGAUCUGCGGUCGAAGGUUCAGUGCUACUCUCGAUGGAAGGAUUGGAUGAUGACCUAUGAGAAGGACCUUCGCUGGAAAUAGUUACCGGAUCAUUGGUUGGAGAAAAAUCAGGCUGCUGUGGAGUUCCAGCGAACGGACUUGGUGUUGGAGCUGGAUUCGGRCCUCCGACUGGAUUCUCACUGGGAGGAGAAGAGAUCGARUCGGUAUCGCUUGGUGACUGACUAGGAGAAAGAGAGGAAGGAGCCGAGCUUGGCAGAGCAUUCAUUGGUACAUCGUCACACUCGCGGCAUCCGCAGGUUGCAAAGGUCGGUUCGAAAAACAUCCCGUCAUAGUCGCCACUGUUCAUGUUGUGGCUACUGUUGCCAUGUGGCCAGAAACCGACGCUCGUACCAUCAAUGAAUUGGUAAAAGAUUGAUGUAGAUGGGGGUUGACCAACGAAGACAAUAUCGUCGGGUAGCCUCGACUUUUCGUUUUCGAAAUCAAUGAAUCCUAGUUGAUGUCAAGAUGAACGGACAGAUAUGAGUGGACAGUAGUAUAAAUAAAGAACAAACGACAAAAUAGCAAUAAGCAUCAAAAAUACUCAAGAAUCUCAUUCCGAGARAWAUCUUGCGGAUGGCUGCGAACAUACCAUCAUAGGGGCAGGUUCCAGCAAACUUGCCGUACCCAGGGAAGAGGGGAUAAGAGAAUCUCCCCUUCUCAUCAGUGACCUUCUCGCUGCACGAGGUUUCGAAAAAGGUGACAGCAAUUGAUGCUAUCGAGAGAGAACUUCCUGUGUCGUCGUCGUACGGAAGGUGUUCGAUUCCGAGGACGUCGGGCAAUGGAUGAGAGAAGUUUGCGACUGGACCUUCUCCAAAAUCGGUUGUAGAAACCAAACAAACAUCGAAGUGAGAAGCAGAAGUUCCGAGUGGGUCGUACGUCAGAAAUUCUCGAUCGAACAGGGUGCACGACGCAACGUCUCCAAACGACGAGGAAGAAGCAUCGGUCACGUCGUCGAAGCAGUCGCAGUCUACAAAUUGGACACCAGAAUCCAUGAUCUCGUUGUUCAUGGAACUACUGUCUAGAACAAGUGGAUCGCUGGUGCCGGUAGGCUGGCACUUCUUUUCUUCGACAAGGUUUUCAUCGAAUACAACACCCAUUUCCCCAGCACACCCGAAGAAUCUGAGCUUCAGCGAAGAAGCUCCCUGGUAGCAACAAAAAUURCAUGGAGUGUAUCUACCGGAACACUGAAAUGAUUGAAAGAAACAAAAAUUGGAAGGAACGAUUCGAAAGCAAAACAAGCGAUACCUCAUUGAGUCAUGAUCUUGGUCAUUGGAUUCAAAUUUAACUUCGAUCUACAAUACUAUGCAAGAUGUUUKAUGGCACGCCCGGAAAGGCUCUUGUGUCAUUCACAAGAGACAUUAAACACAGGGUGGAAUUGUUUGCUUACCUUGGGACAUGCRUCUAUGAGAGAGCUUUCGCUGAACCCACUUUCUUCACCUUCGUUUUGGUGGAAACCACAAACGCUUGCGCAAUUUUCAUUGGCCGAAUCGAAGGGGGUCAAAAGUUCAAAGAGAUYUCUCCGAAGCAAGUCGUUGCUACCUGUCCCCUGACGUCCAGUGGCCAUAAAAGCAACUGUUGAGUUUCCAAUKAGCUUAGUAGCUCCGAUAUCUGCCGAUAAUCCGUGGACGACAGCACCGAAAGAUCGAGAAAAGGGAAUGAGCAAAACCGCGACCGCUAGUAGUGAAGCAGAUGCGGUCACUACCACUAGGAUGCACGAUCCACGAAGGACUACCAGCAUAAUGUGUUAUUGAAAAGAAAUAWUUAGGUGAAAGCAAGUAAUGAUCGUCUUCGCGAGAAGAACCUUCAAUAGCCGAGAUUGGAUUGAUUUUGAGAGAUUGAUUUGUUGCGAAGCAAAAAUCAAUUUGUGAGCUCAUCAUUUUCUGSAAAGUUUCUGAGAAGGUACCGAACGUAGGUCCCGGUACAGGUACGUACGUACUGGAUAGAUCUUUCGAAGUUUUCGUUUUGAUUGAUUGAUUGAUCGAUACGAUACGAUGAUGGUCACGCAUGAAGAAGAGAAAAAAACGAAAUGAAAUCCA